UAUAUGCAAAAUAAAACAUGAUCUUAUAAAUAUGAUGUACUUCUGUUUAUAAAGUAGUUAAAAUUAGCUCUGCAUAAGUAGGCUAAUAGUAAUCCAAUGAUAUCAUAUUAUAAUGACAGGGGCCAUUCUGCCUCUGAAAUGAGUACUUUUACUUUUGAUAGUUUAUAAUACUUCUGCACAAAAUUAUGAAUACAGGACUUAUACUUGUAAUGGGGUGUUAUUUACAUUAAAUUACUUUUACUUAAGUAAAGGAUCUGAAUACUUCUUCCACCACUGUUUCCGUAAAAGAUCUCAGUACAUCUUCCACCACUAUUUCACCAUACUCACCUACGAAUUUUUACAUUUUGAAAAAGUUUCUACACAUUUCAUUAGAGAUCAGACUGGAUUUAUUUAUUAUGAAUUAUAAUGCAAAUCCAAAAUGUUCCCUAAAAAUAGUCUGUAUCACUGACAAAAGACAGCUACCAAAAAAAAAAAAAGUCCCUUUGAGGUAAAUACUGCGCAUGCGCGCUGCAUCUCCCCACUCCCUCUCCUCUUGUCGCCUUGGUAACGGAAAAGGGGGGCUCAAGGCCAGAGGGAAGGAGAGGAGAGGUACCCAGACCAAUCACAUGAUCGCUCCUCAUCUUAUUAUCUCUGAGUUUGGAUAUAAAUCGCUUGUUCUUGGGCCCAGAGCGACUUAUAGAUUACUCAGUCGACAAAACGCCUGUGUUCUCCUCGCGCAGAUUUGCAGGUCAAUUGAACGGGAAUCGACAUGUCAGACGUAGUUCCUCCUGAAGUGAGACCCAAACCGGCUGUCCCUGCCAAGCCCCCAAAUGUGGCGGCUCCUUCGCCCUCCAGCCCUUUCCCGCCCCAAGGCCUAGGCGUCGGAGGAGGAGGCAGCCUUUCUGCUCCUCCUCCAAGUGCCAUUCCAGUCCCCAUCGGGAGUCACGGCCUGGGGCAUGUUGGCAGUGUGGGUCAUAGUGUGGGCUAUGUUGCAGGCCAUAGUGGGGGUCACACUGCGGCACACAAUGGAGGUCAUAGUCAUGGCGGCUCCCACAACUCCAGCGGUGGAUCCACUUUGCUGGGGUACAUUGGUAUCGACACUAUCAUUGAGCAGAUGAGGAAGAAGACCAUGAAGACAGGCUUUGACUUUAAUAUCAUGGCUGUGGGUCACAGCGGUCUCGGAAAGUCAACUCUGGUGAACACCCUAUUCAAGUCCCAGGUGAGCAGGAAGAGCGCAGGGUGGGGCCGUGAUGAGAAGAUCCCCAAAACUGUAGAGAUCAAAGCAGUGUCUCAUGUCCUUGAGGAAGGUGGUGUGAAGAUGAAGUUGACAGUCGUCGACACUCCAGGCUUUGGAGACCAAAUCAAUAAUGACAACUGCUGGGAGCCCAUUUCCAAGUACAUUAAUGAGCAGUAUGAGAAGUUCCUAAAGGAGGAGGUCAACAUCACCAGAAAGAAGCGCAUCCCUGACACCAGGGUGCACUGCUGUCUCUAUUUCAUCACCCCAACAGGACACUCUCUUCGGCAGCUAGACAUUGAGUUCAUGAAGCGCUUGAGUCACUCAGUCAACAUUAUUCCUGUCAUUGCAAAGGCAGACACGAUGACCAUUGAGGAGAGACAGGAGUUCAAACAGCGGGUAAGGAAGGAGCUGGAGAUGAGCGGGAUUGAGUUUUACCCACAGAAGGAGUUUGAUGAAGACAUGGAGGAUAAAAGCGACAAUGACAAAAUCAGAGAGGCGAUGCCCUUUGCUGUGGUGGGCAGCGACAAAGAAUAUCAAGUGAAUGGCAAACGAGUUCUGGGGAGGAAGACAGCGUGGGGAAUUGUAGAAGUUGAAAAUCCCAACCAUUGUGAGUUUGCUCAGCUGAGAGAUUUCCUGAUCAGGUCUCACCUCCAGGAUUUGAAGGAGGUCACUCAUAACAUUCACUACGAAACCUAUCGUGCCAAGAGACUGAACGAAAAUGGAGGUCUGCACCCCAUAUCCUGCAAUGACACCCAAGAAAGCAACCUGUAGUCAGUCAGUCAGUCAGUUGGGAUUUGUUCAGACAGAAUGAGAGUAAAAAACAAUGCAAUGAAGCUGAUAGAUGAAUCUACAGAAUACUAUAAUCCACCACAGCAUCUCUGCAUGCCUGGAAAACAUUUAAAUCUGUUAAAAAAAUUGGUGUCAUUUAAUCAUAUAAUUUUUUUCUGAUUCCAAACUCCACCAUCGUCUUCUACACUUCCUUCCCCACAAACAUAUCAAACCCCUCUAGUUUCCUUUCAAAGUCAUUCCUGUGAAUAUUUGGAGGGCAGGACACCCAGAGACUUAGUGCCAUUAUGAAAUGUUUUAUCUACUGCCAAUGCCUUGUCAUUGAUCAUCGUCCGGGUAGUACAAGCUUAGAAAGUGUCACGUUACUAUGUGUGAAAGAGGCAGAUUUUAGUUUUAGUGCUGUGUAGCAACUGAUGUCUGAAUUCAGACAAAUUAAAUGAUUUGCUCUAAAUAUUAAAAUCAUUAUUCUUGUGUAGUAGUGAUGCGUGAGGCAGCUCUGCAGUUGACUCUGCACAAAUAGCUUUUUUAAAAUUCUCAGCAGCAACUGUUCAUUUGGAGAAAGAAUCCCUGUGGCUUUACUGUCAGGAGGGCUUAACAACCAUUACUUAAUUUAUACCCACCUUCACAAAGAAAACAAUUUGGAAUGAAAUUUCUCUAAUGUUCCCUCGUCCUAUUUAUGUUUGAUUUUCCAUUUCAAAAUAGUUUGUGCGCACAGACCUGCAUACUAAGAUGAGAGAAAGCUGCAACAUCAGCCACAUAUUAAAUGCAGUUCUGUGUGUAAUUAAUGAGUCCACAAGGUUCAUGACUGUGAAUACUGCAGAUUCUGGGAUUCCAUGAUUCACCGUAAUAGCACACACAAACCGAACACUUUGCGACGAUAAAGCUCAGCAUACUGUGUUACACCACAGUGGGUAAGAGGACAGUGGUUUUAUUAGAUAUUAAAUAUUUUUUUCCUGGAUUCAGAUUGACUUUGUGACCUAUUUUUACAGCUAAAUGGACAACAUGCGCCCAAUUUGAAUGUCAAUUUAAAAGUCUGUAGCAUGUAAUUUAACCUGUAUUACUUUACAGAAUUUAAGAGUAGCUUUACCAAUAAUGCCAUAAAACAAUCAAAUUUCUUAUACAAGCUUACUCAACUGGAGUUAUUCAUAUAUAGUGUAAAUCAGUCGUUGAGAAACCACUAAGCUUUGCUCAAGGUUUUUUUAUUUGUUUGGCAUUUUUCUCCUCAGCAGACCCACUGGCCAUUCAUGAAAAGAAUAUUUUCUGAUCCAAAAGAUAUCCGACCACUGCUGUAAUGAGUAUACCCAAUGAUAGGUGAACAGGAUUUUUUUUUUUGUUUGUUUGAUGUCUUGUGCCAUGCAAAGUAUUUGUGAACAUAACCGAACUCUGAUGUGGUGACCAAGUAUUUGUGUUAAUUCCAUUUUAAACUUUUUUGUCCUGUUCACCACUUGGUGGCAGCAGUCUGCCAUGUAUAAGCAGUGACUCACUAGAACAGGAAACAUACACUUCCCCCUCUUCUCAUUUCUCAGUUUAUACAUCCUCAAUUCCUUUCCUCGCCUCCUCUCCUCGUGUCUUAGUCCCUCCCACCUGAGAUGCGAGCAGAGGAGGCAAGGAAGAGACACAAGGAGAGAGGAAUCAAGGCAACAGGCAUUUAGCAAAAUGAGACGUCCUUGCCUCGGAGCCGUCAUUUUAAAGCAACGUAAAUUAAAUAUGACGUGUGGCACAGCUGCAUCAUCUGUCCAUUGUCAUGGGUGCCGAAAGGAUUUCCGCAAAGGAUACACCUAUGCAUCCUCGCUCAAGCCUCCUCUCUCCUCACUCUUCAAGAUGCAUUUUAGGAAGUGAGACAUGCUUCAAGAAGGCGCGCUGAGAUUGAUUUCCAGGUCACAGGCAGGAGGACGGAGGAGAGAGGAGACGAGGUGGCACAAAAUAGAGAAAUGAGAAGAACCCUUUGACCCUUUGUGUCCUCCUCAGACAUAUCGACUGCUGAGAUUUUUACACAGUUCAGGCUUAUUUCCUGAGAGUUUAGGUCCUCCACUGCUGUCAGUGAUACAGGUUUACAAGAAGCUUUAAUAGUGUUACCCCAAUGGUAUGCACUCAAAGUGUUUUGCCAAAAUCAAUUCAUUUAUUAAGUUCUAAACAUGUUUACCAAGUUUUCUUCAGGAACUCAACAUUUAUACUGUUCUGCCAUGUACUGUCUACAGUACAGCACGAAUAUGCCAAAAUUAAAAGUAAUUCAAUCUUUCAGUAUCUAUCAAUCAAAGUUGAAUCAUCAUUUUAUACAAUCAUACACGUUUGUGUGAUUUUGAUAUGAAAUUUGAUGUCUGCAACAAACUGAUAAUAGUUGUCUGUGAUUUUAGUGCAGUCAAAGGUUUCAAGCAGAAAUUUGAAACAGUGUUUAUCUGUGCAUGCUUGUCCAUAUUGCCUAUUUGCUUACAGCCAAUCAGUUCAUACAUCACUGCAACUUUACAUCAACUCAUCAACUAUUUCUGAAUGUGUGACGUGUACGUUAAAUCUAAAUCAUGAGAUAAAGUGCUGCUGUCUUAACUCCUGUAACUAAACCGAUGGCCCACCAUCCACAUAUCACUCAUCCCUUUGAAUCAGUAGAACUUCACAAUCUACAUUUAUUUAAUAACCACUUUUCUCAAAGUUGCUGUGACACAUUAAGAUAUAAUUGUUAUAAGUGUUAUAUUGAGUUAUUUAUACAUUAAUGUCUUAUUAUUGUAAUUUAUUCUUUAUUUAAUAAAAGCACAUUCCCAUGUUU